GAUACGGCUGGAGUAUCUUCACCCCUCAUAACAGUCACAUUUCUCAUUUCGCGUAAUACUUUAAAAUUUGUAAUUUAAAAAGUUUACGUACAAGUACAUAAAAUGAAUAGGAAAUUGAGCACAAAAAGUACUACAACGACAAGUUCUGGGGGAGACAUGACGCCAAAUUUGUCAAAUUCGACACGAAAUAAAAUCCAAGUUUUGACCAAGUUUCGUAAAGAGAUUUGUGCGAAAGUGCGUUUCUCCGAUAUUUCGCAUCAUCUCUUAACCUCAGGACAUUUUGGGAAGGACGACGCAUACGAGAUUUGUCGACUUCCGGUUCAAGAUCAGAUGGGGGAGUGUUGUAACCGGUUGGUAACAGUGUUGGAAAGUCAGCAAAUAAGCAGGGAGCGAAUAGAUCUCUGGACGAUUAUAUUGAGAGCACUAAAUGUGCAGCAUUCCGGACUUACGUGCAAAUUGGACGGUGAUUUGCACAAAUUAUCCAAACGGGAGAAACCUCCCCGUCUACGAAAAGAGGACAUUGGACCCCCACAAGACUUCAAGCACGUGAAACACAUUGGUCACACAGUAUCGUCUUCGUCGUCAGCAUCUCGAUCGAUGUUAAGUCACCCGUUCCGCCGUUUCUUCUCCCUUCGAUCUACCAAUCCUCCUCCUCCCACAUCUGGAAAUAUUAAUUCUGAAGAGAUUAGCAAUAAUUCGUCAAAAUUAGAGGACACGGAACUAGUCAAAGCGUUCUUUCAACGCGCCGGCGUUACAGAUUUCCAUUUGAGUAAACCAAACUCGAGGAAACUUAUCUUAGACUUUAUCCAACGAAACGGUGGAAUUGACGCUAUCCGAAAGGAAAUCGUUCCUCAGACUGAUUCCGAAGAUUUGAAAAUUGAGUCUUCUCCAACUUUAAGAGAAAAAUGUGAUAACACUGAUAAUUGUAAAGAUUAUAACGUUAAAAAAAUUGAUAAUGAUUGUGAUACAAAUUUAGUGGAGAAAGUUGAUAAAUUGAUAACUGCAUCGUGACUACAAUUUAACUAACGGUGGCAUUUAUUCCAUGACUUGAAUACAGGAAACAAGAAAUUUUGGAAAAACAGCUUUAUACUUCAUUAUGGGUUUGUGAAUUUUGCAAAUUGACUUGUAAAAUCAUGAUGAAUGUAGUCUCACUUUCCCAUCUUGUUUUCCUCGUCUCAUUUUGUACUCUAUUUUUAACAGAAUUCGGAUCCUACAUGAUGAAUAAAUUAUUGCGUUUAGUUUUCAUCCAUCUGUUGAUUCCGUUUUUAGGCCAUGUUACUUAUGUGAAUUACGUCAAUUCUGCCGUUGUGAAUCAUACAUUGGUUUGUAUUGUAUGAUUUCGGGGCGUAAAUAUUUUAAUACAGAACUAACUGCGCGUUAAAGUUAAAACAAAAGCAAUUUACUUAUCAUCUCAAUCCUCCAUUCAAUUCACAAUUCCAAGUAUUUGUAAAUAUUAUUGAUAUCGUUAUCAGUGUACGUAUUUAAAUAUGAUGGGCACGGGAUUUGUUGGAUAAGCAUCCUGGUCACAAGCCAGGACAUUCUUCCGAUUAAGUGGCUUCCAUCACAUGCCACAAAAAAUUGAUGCAUUUCCCAUUUAAAUGCCUUUUUAAUCCUGCAUUGGAAUAUACAAAUAAGCUGAUAAAAUAAGAAUCGCAAAACGCCGACAUUACAAAAUGGGAACGAUAAGAUUGCCACUCGUACUUAUUUUCGUCGCGGUUGUAUCCUCACAAUUUAACCUAGGUCGAUGUCAAGACAAUGAAGACAUCACAGAAACACGCCCAUUGAUGAUGACCCUGGACGAUCAUGAAGUUUCAAUCCACAUAUCUCAAAACUACUCAUUUUCCGUCCUUUCGACGCCAUCGUAUCACGACAUCUUCGACAAUGACAGCACCCUCAUUUUCCAGUACUCGGUCCCUGCCGACAAACAGAUUUACAUAGAACCCCUGCAAAAUAUAAGUCUCGGAGAGAACUUCACCUCUGCCCUUGUCACGUUGAUCCCACUCCAUGCUGGGAGACUAGUCAUCUCGUCAAAAAUUGAACCCCCCGUGCAAAAUUAUACUUCGGAUGACAUCUUUGUUCGUGUCUCGAUCUACAAGUUUUCGAUAUUGACGAUUAUCUGCGACGUGGUGGGGUGGAUUUACUUUGUGGCCUGGUCAAUUUCAUUUUAUCCCCAGAUUAUCCAAAAUUAUCAGAGAAAGAGCGUACGAGGACUAUCUUUCGAAUUUGUAUCGCUCAACAUAACUGGCUUCACGGUAUACUCCAUCUACAACGUGGCCCUCUACUGGAUACCGUACAUUCAGUCACAGUACUACGAUGCGGACCCCACCGGUGAAAUCCCCGUUCAGCUGAACGAUGUUGUUUUCUCCCUUCACGCCGUUUUCGCCAGCGGACUGACAGGAAUUCAGUGCAUCUUGUACGACAGGGGAUCACAAUCGGUUUCCUACUCGGGGAGGACCCUACUUGUCGGAAUAGCUUCAUUUCUGGGCAUCAUGUUCACCGUAACAGUGUCAAAUGCGAUUACUUGGUUGACUUUUUUGAACUUUUGCUCCUAUGUAAAACUUGGGAUCACACUGGUCAAAUAUGUCCCGCAGGCAUGGUUGAAUUAUACAAGAAAAAGUACAUCGGGAUGGUCAAUUGGAAACGUUUUGCUGGAUUUUACCGGAGGGAUGUUUAGCAUUUUGCAAAUGAUUUUGAUCGCAUAUAAUCAUGAUGACUGGUACUCGAUUUUCGGCGACCUCACGAAAUUUGGCCUUGGUUUAUUUUCCAUCACUUUUGAUGUCUUCUUUAUCGUCCAACAUUACGUAUUAUACAGAAACCAUAUCGCCUACGAGCCCAUUGAGUCGUCACCGGAUCCAAUACUAAAUCCUCACGAGGACAUGACCACGUCAAAUCACAUUACCUCGAGUGAAGAUGAUAACCAGCAGACGACUUCGACGAUGUAUCAUGUGCCUAAUUCGGCGUCCAUUGACUCGCUGCUAGUGGAACCACCACCAGCGCCGGCUAAUAGUUACCAAGAUAUUGAAUGAAUAUGAGAUGUUAUUUAUUAUGAACAAGUACUUAACAUAUGUAACUAGCGUAUAAGCCCGUCUUCCGCCGGGCGAUAAGUUCCACACCUUGAAUACCAGUCCGCACCGGAAGUAAUUAAAUUACGAUUAACUUUCUCCACUUUCACUUCCGUUUCGGAAAAUUACUUUCACUUCCGUUGCAGACAAACAUUUCCAGCUUAUAAUAUAGAUGGGGUCGUCGCAGAUAGUCGCUGAUCUGUUUUUCCGGAUUUAUAUUAUUUCUGUAUUUGUGAUGUUCUUUUCUGACCAAAAAUUUCUGAUAAGCCCUUGCUGUAAUUAUUUGCAGCAUGUUCGUUUGUUUGGCAAAGUACUUUUUCAUAAUUAUUAUUUAAAUCUCCGCAUAGUUCGUUUGAGCGAUAGUUUCGAUAAUUUCUGUAUUUAUUUUGUAAGGUACAUAUCACAAAUACUUAUAUCGCAAAAUAAUUAUAAUUAACUAACUAAUUAAUUAGUUAGGCUUACGUGAUUAAUUGAAGACAGAUACGUAAUGACUGAAUAUUAACAUGAUACAAUACAAUUUUUCUAGUUCUUUUGGUAAGUAUUUAAAUUACUUGGUAAAUGUUAAUGAGCUAAAUAAAAUAACUGAAAAAUUAUAA